AGUUGAAUUUGGGAAGUGCGAAGGCGUGAGGAUGCUGCGGGUGAUCCGCUAACCAUGGGCGUGUUGGAGUCCAACUCCACCGGUAACUUGACCCCGGCGGUGUCCGGCGGCGCGCUGCCGCUGCCGGGUUACCUGGCGCUGCUUCUGUCGGUGCUCAUGGGCACGCUGGUGGCCACGGUGGUCGCGGGCAACGCGCUGGUCAUCCUUGCCUUCGUCGUGGACAAAUCCCUGAGAACUCAGAGCAACUACUUCUUCCUCAACCUGGCCAUAUCUGAUUUCCUCGUGGGUGCCUUCUGCAUCCCGGUGUACAUCCCGUACAACUUGACGGGCAGGUGGAUGCUGAGCAAGAGUCUUUGCAAGGUGUGGCUGGUCAUGGACUACCUGCUCUGCACCGCCUCCGUGUUCAACAUCGUGCUCAUCAGCUACGACCGCUUCCUGUCUGUCACCAGAGCUGUGAAAUACAGAGCCCAGCGCAACAUGACCCGCCAGGCGGUGCUCAAGAUGGUGGCGGUGUGGGCGCUAGCCUUCCUCCUCUAUGGCCCCGCCAUCAUCUUCUGGGAGGCGGCAGUGGGCCACAGCGUGGUGCCGGCUCACGAGUGCUACGCCGAGUUCUACUUCACCUGGUACUUCCUGCUGUGCGCCUCCACCUUCGAGUUCUUCACGCCCUUCGUGUCUGUGGCCUACUUCAACCUGAGCAUCUACCUGAACAUCCACCGGCGCCACAGGAACGCAGGCGUGGGCCCCCGCCACGAGACGCCGUCCCCCCAGCCGACGAAAAAACAGAGGGACGGCGCGGCGUGGUCCGUGUUCUUCGUCAAGACGCGCAAGGUGUUGUGCAGCGAGCCCAUCGCCGUCUCGGCCGUCAUCGAGAACGACGAGGGGAUCUCGCCGCCCUACGGCGCCAGCCCCGACGCCAGUCAGAUCCUGGCGCACAGGGAGAAGUCCUCGCCGGGCGGAAGGAACUCCAGGCUGUUCCAGCACUCGCCGGCGGUGACGGCGUCGGGCCGCAAGACGCCGGGAUCCCGCCUUUCCCGAGACAUCAAGAUCGCCAAGUCCCUGGCCGUCAUCGUGUGCACUUUUGGGAUCUGCUGGGCCCCUUACACGCUGCUGAUGAUCAUCCGCGCCGCCUGCAGCGGCACGUGCGUGGCCAACUACUGGUACGACAUCACGUUCUGGCUCUUGUGGCUCAACUCGGCCAUCAACCCGUUCCUGUACCCGCUUUGCCACAGCAGCUUCCGAAGGGCUUUCUCCAAGAUCCUGUGUCCCAAGAAACAAUCCGUCCAGCCUCAGGUGGCGGAGGCGCAGUCGUGUUAGAGCCGCUGUACGUGCAAAACACUUGAACCAAUGCAAAAACUGAAAAACUGUGUAAAAAAAAAAAAAAGAAAGAAAAAAAAUAACAACUCCACUUCCUUGUUCUUCCAUCCCAAACAUCCAAAAUGAAAAAAAAAAAAAAAAAAAAAAAGACUGUUAGGAUGCUCAAAGCACAUAAAGAUAAAAUCACAAGAGCAGAGACCUCCGCCAAGGCAGGACAAUCCCAAAACUUCAUCCCCCCCAAAAUAACUUACUUAUUUGCAGUACCUGUCCGAUGGACCAGCAUUUGGGUCUAAAGACUACAGUGGAACCUCUGAAGUUGAACAUAAUCACUUGCCUGAC